AUGGGCAACCGUGUGUCUACUGGCACUGCCCCCUUCUCCCUCGAGGAUCUCGAGGCGUUGGCACGCGCCCCAUCGCUCUUCGACACGCUCUCCAACGAUGCCGGUGACUCCGCUGGCAGUGGCGCUAGUGCGCUGUUCCGCAAGGAGAUAAGGGCGGAGAUGGAGCGGCAGUACGCCGAGUACGACACAUCGCUUCAUGCGCUGCGCUGCGUGCUAGAUCGAAGGGGCACCCGCCAUCACCUUGGGUCCCACCAAGCAACCACUGCACCGGCGCCGAGCGGUGGCGCACCGAAGGCGACAUCCGGCCAAGGGCGGGGCAAAAAGUCAGCAGGCGAGCCCAUCCCAUCUUUUGGCGACUCCAUGACGACAAGCUGCAGCGGACCAACUCGCGACUCACUGCAGAGUUCGCGCGCGCGUUGUGGCUCUCGUCACAGCGACCCAAAUAAAGUGGCGGACAGCACUGAAGCAGCCACUACUGCUGCUGCCGCAGCAGAGUGCUCCUUGCCGAACGCGAACGACGACAGCUCCCCCCAGCGCCACACGGGCAGCCGUUUAGGGGCGCUGCCCGCAUCAGCCUCGGCUGAGACGCCACUGUCGCCGCACUCGUGGUUGUUCCGCGAGGUGUCCGUGCAGCCCGUCGAUCUCGCGCGCCGCGCCGAGGUCAAGGCAGCGGAGGUAUACGUUCUCGUUAUCGUCCAGCGGUCAACAAUGCUGGGGACGCCGCCGACGGGCACGGCACCAACAACGCCGUUCUUAAGAGUUACGAACACCCGAUCAGCUACCCCGCCGCCUUCCUCUCCUUCAGCCGCCGCUCCCGGCGCUGCUGCGCGAUCAGUGGCAACCAGCGCACCGAUGAGCGCCAACAGGAACACUGAGUGGCCGCGAGACAUGGUGCAGCUCUUUACCCCGCGUGGCCUCACGACACCGUUCUCAAAUGACAUGACGCGACCGACUCUCGCAAGCAUCAGCCACGGCAGCGGCGCCGGCUACUGGUACUCCCCCUCCGCGACGCCACGGACGAACGGGUCGACAAGUAGCCACCCGACCCCGCGCAGUGCGACGACUGCUACUGCCGCAGCGGCACCAUCGUCCACCACAGGGAACGGGAGCGGUGCUGGAGGUUUCCCGCAGGGGUCCACACGCUCCCCGUCCUCGCUGGCGACGCCGCGCGCCACUAGCUUCCACUUCAGCGUCCACCUCCUCACGGGUAAGCAGGCAGACGCCAUGGCAGCGGCGGCCGGGUUGUUCGCGGCCCGUGCCAUUGAAAAGCUCUUUCUCGACUGCGCCGAGUUCGAUCGAAGACUCUUCUACAAUUUGCAUGCGGCCAAGGUAGAGGCCGUGAUCCGUGCCUACAGCAUGCAUCCCCCCGCUCUCGACGUCACCUCUGGAGGUCACGACGACGGCAGCAACGCGAAUGCUGCUGGAGGCAAUCUGCACAGAAGCGCCGAGGCAUCGUCGCACGCGAGUGGCGGCGGCGGCGGUGCCUCGGCGGUGAUAACGGGCAACACGAUGGCCAGGGAUGUGAGCGACUCCAACAGCGGUUUCGGCACCUCGAACUCAUCGCUGCAGUAUCUGAUCUCCACCCUGGAGGCAUCGAGGGAACUGCGGCGGGAGCUGCUUGCCAUCACGCGCCCCUCCUGGGUCACCGUGCCCGUGAUGCGCUUCGACAAGCGAAGCAGCACUGCCACUCCCUACGCCACGUCGCCGGUUAGCACUGGCUCUCGCACAGGGGCAUUUGGUGGCGGCAACGACCACGUGACCGGCACGGCGGUGUCCUCCAAUCCUGCGGAGCUGUACAGCCUGAACGCCGUCUACCGCGUGCUGAACGGUGUCCGCAUCGGCACGCCGCGGUGGAUGCACACGGGCGACGUGGUCAACCCGCUGAACUCGGCGUGUUGCUCUGUGCCCGGUAGCGCAUCUGGAGCGGCCGCAGGCGGGUCAAGCACGGGCGCAGCCCUGUUCGGAGCGGGCAACUGGUGCUCUGAUCCACUUUUGUCGUUCCAUCCACCGCGUCGCAACACUCAUGGCGACGGCGCGGCCACCGGCGCCACUACUGACUCUGGCAUCAUGCCGCCGAUUCCCUCAUUGAACAUCUCCAGCUGGCUACAGGGACCCCAGCCCCUCGAUGUGCGUCGGGCGGCACCGGCUGGUGCCGCGGCCACGGGGUCUGCAGGGUCAGCACACCCCACCACAACUGGGUCGACGACUUCCCGUAUAGGCGGGCCGCUUCGACACUCCUGGACAAUGCACUCAGCAUCAUCAAAGCCGCCACCGCUGCUGCUGCCGACACUCGCGUUAGGCACGCCGAGCGACGAUUGCCACGUUGACAGCGCGAUUUCGCUGGAUGCCUCGUCCACCACCCCAGCCACGUUGACUUCUGCAACAUCUGCAGCGCAAGGCCUCGUCUUCAAUCUCCCGCUCGACUCGCUCCGCCGCGCGGCGCCAGCCGCCGCCGCCGCCAAGGCACGUUCGACACUCCGCAGCGCCUCUGCAGAGGAGGGCAUCACAGAUGCCUCCACAUUGUCCCCUCAGGCGGCAGCGGUGCCGAAACUGCAGCCGCUCGUCAAGGCAGAGGAGAAGGGGCAGAGAGAGAAGGUGUUGCAGCUCACUAUCGGCCCUGUCCGGACGGCAGACAUGUCCUCCGUUCCGAGUAAUCGAAAGGAUGAUGCGCAGCUGGGGAGUUUCCCUGCCAAGCGUCAUCUUCAACCACGGCAACAGCACCAUCGCACCGACGGGCGCGGCCAAGGCAGGGACAAAAUCGCCAGCUGCCACAACGUCGGCGCCGAGAACAUCUCGCCGAGUCGCCACGGGAUGGCAUCGGCACCUCCCUGCAAAGACGAUGCUGAGUGGGAUGAAGUGUACAACCAGCAGGAACGCGCGCAGCGGCUGAAGAUGUCACAGUCGGAGGUGACGGAGGUUUUGCCGUACCUCUUUGUCGGCGGCGAGGACGCAGCGCGGGAUCGUGCGCAGCUCCUCCGCAAAGGCAUCACUCAUAUCGUGAACACCGUCAGCUGGUGCGUCGAUAGCUUCUACCCAGACCUCUUCCGGUACUUGAUGCUCAGCCUGAGCGACGCCGCCGAUGAACCGAUCUUCUCCCUCUUUGCCGUCGUCAACGGCUUCAUCGAGGACGCAGUGGAGAGGCAUCAGGGGCGAGUCUUUGUGCACUGUCAGCAGGGCGUGUCGCGUUCCUGUACGUUUGUUAUCGCCUACGUCAUGUGGAAGCGGGGGCUGUGCUACGACCGCGCCUACGAGCUCGUGCGGGCACGCCGCAACGUGUGCAAUCCGAACCUCGGCUUCUUCAUGAACCUGCGCCUGUGGGAGGCGCAGCUGUCCGCGCCGCUACUGAACAGUGUGCUUGUCUACGCCCCGUACACGUCGACGUCACCGAUGCCCUUCUCCUACCAGCUCACAGCGUACUUUGACUGCGCAACGUCCUCGACCGUCGCCAGCGCCGUCGCGUCCCGCUCUUCCUUGCCGCCGUCACCAUCCUCACCGUGCGCUGCUGAGGAGCGGACGCUUGGCUUCCUCUCCCCUCGUAACAAGGAAGCACACCAGCAGCUGCGCAACGAUGUCCUGACGCGCGCGACUGACAUGAGCGGUGCGCCGCCGGCGCUUCCCAACACGUUGUUACUAGACCCGCGGCUGGGCUACCUGUUUCUCUUCGCCCCUGGCGCGCGAGCUGCAGACGAAACCAGCAGCACUCACGCUCGACGCUCCAAGCAGAAGGACAAGCAGCGGCCACGGCUCUCUCAGGGCGCCGAUGUGGGUCCCUGUGCUGACCCCGGCGGUGACGAGGACGUCGAUGUCGUGACGGGAUGCGUCGUCAUGGGAUCGCAGUGCCUUAAUAAGGUCUACAGUGAGCGAACCCUUGCUGCCUGCCGGCAGGUGCUGCGCUUCAGCUUUUACCACGGCGAGGCGCGCACAAGCGUCACCAACUCCGGGAAGACCGUGCACUUCAACCCGAUGCGGCAGGUGCGACUGCUGCCAGCUAUAUCACCGGCUUUGGGGACGCGUUCCUCUUCCCCGUUUCCUGUUCCCACUGCGGCCGUGUCGGUGGAGGUGGCGCAGCGGCUGCUGUCGCUGCACGUUUCGGGUCAGGUGCACAUUCGUUUUGCGCGGCAGUCGCAAUGGGAUGCUCUCCUCUCAAACGCGCGACUUGGCGCCAUGCUGAGUUGCUAUACCGCUGAGGAGGAUCGGCUCGACGCCAGCGAAGGGGUGCGGCGGCGCGCACGCGACGGAGCUACAAAAGGCAUCGGUGCGAAUAGCGGCAGAGGGGUUUCAGGCGGCCGACAGACAAGCGCAACUGGACACGCGACACUGCCGGCGAACCCUUUUCUAUCCGCGAAUCCUCCCGCGUCGGCGUCCACCUCGCUCCGCACUGGGCGGCACACACCUCGAACACCGCGACAGCUGCGUGUGUCGUCCUCCGGCAACGGCGGAUCGCUCCGACGGGGGAGCGAGGGUGAUCGGCGUGCGAGUAGUGCCACUGCAUCGCAGUACUGCAACUGUUCUGACAGUGUGCCAGCUGCUGCCGCCGCCUCUGUGCCGGAACCGGUGGCAAGACAGCCCCAACACGUAUCUUUGCCUCCCGCUGCUUCUUCAGCCACGGCAGCAGUAUUCACGCUGAACAUGGGCCCUGCUGGCGUUUCUCUUCCGCUGCCCGGCAUCUCGGACCUGUCGCUUGCUGCCACUGCCGCUUGCAACGGCGACGAACAGGCGCGCGUGGCAGUGCGGAUGGCGGAAGGAGAGAGCUUUGCCUACGCCUACCCGUUUACGGCGGUGACAAAAGUGACCAUUGUGGACCUCGACGACCUCGAAGAAGACCAAUGCUAUGCGCUUGGCUUCCAGCAGCGUAUCGGCACCACCGUUUAUCUGUGGCGUGGUGCCGACGCAGCGGAGAGCUCAGCCGACGUUGUGGGCGCGUUUGUGCGGCACAUGCUACGCUCCAGCGAGCCGCCGGUGCAGACCGCGGCAGUCGAGUCACUGGAGGCUGGUAAAUGGACUAACUGCAGCAUCGUUUUCCCUGACGACAGCGCCGACGCUGCAGGUGUGGCGGAGAGGGUUGACGCGGCAACAGAGGUGCUUACGGAUGUGCGUGUGUUGUACGUUGAGCAAGGCGACGAGCCAAGGGAGUUCUUCACUCUCCUGUGA